AUGAUUAAGAGCACACCACACUAUCAUAUAUCAACGACGAUGUCACCUCCUGAUCACCCCCCUGUAAAUCAACAUUACAACGAAACCCCCAAAAUGAUCCCAACCAACAAAAUCGAAUUCGAGGGCCCAACCCCAAAAAAUGAAAACAACCCCCUUGAACAGGGCUUCCUGGACCACAGGGGGCCACUAAACCAGGGAAAACCCCCUGGGGCCCCUUUUUUUCCACUAAAAAGGGAUGGAAAUCUAGUACGGUCCCCCAGGCCAGCAAACCCAGGGAGGAAGGUUCUGAGGGACCCCCCAGACGAACCCCCCCCGACCAUUCGGGAGCACCCGCUAAAACCCGGGCCCAAACAGCUGGGCUCCCCGACAAGCCCCAAACCAAAGGAAAAAAAGGGCCCAAAAAGACCGAGGGCCCGGGGACCGACUUUUGAGGGAGAGUCCCCGGACCCCCCAAAACGUUUCCCCCAGUUCAAAGUGCCAGUCCAAAACCCCCAAAGGUCCGAAGUAUGGACACUACCGGCUAGCUGCACAGCCAAGCCAAAUGUGGUGGGCUGGGGAGCAAAGGGACACAACACCGAGGGCCCUUGGGGAAGGGCGAAUGAAGAAACCCAGAAGGCCCUGCCAGAAACCGAAUCAGAAAAAAAUGGACCCCGCCCAGUGGAACCUGUUCGGGUUCUCCCGGGGAUCGGUCUUCAUGCUUCCACGUGCGGGGGAAAAAAAAGGGCCCGAUUUACCCUUGUCAAGGGGCAACAAUUCCCGCUCCAACCCAAAAGCCGGAAAGCACCGCACUGUGGGGUGUUGAAUUUUCUUCCGUCGAGAUUCACUUCCCCUGAAAUUGUACCCUGUACCUCACCCUGGGGCCCCUGGAAAUUCCCGGGGGAAGGAUUUUUUGGCAUGAUUGAGACCAAACAUAUGCCCAAAUUUUGGCCAAAUAUAACCACCCUAAAGGAUUAG